AUGAAUAUAUCUUCACAAAGAGGUCAUGCUGAUAAAGCAUAUACAAAAACUGGAUUCAGAGGCUGGAAUAUUGCUACCACAAAGUUCAAAGCACAUCAAAUAACGUCUAUUCAUAUUAGUAGCGUAAAUAUAUUAUCUGAAUAUCUUAAAGCAAACCCAAUUGAUGGAAUACUAGUAAAAGAAAAACAAUUAGAAAUAAGUCGUCAAGAAGAACAAAGAAUUGCUAAUCGAACUAUUAUGAAGAGACUCAUUGAUAUAAUAAUUACUUUAACGAAAGGUGGUCGAGCUCUAAGAGGACAUAAUGAAAAAAAUGACAGUUUUGAAAAAGGAUUGUUUUUAGAAAUAGUACAUCUUCUUUCUAGAUAUGAUCCUGUUAUUAAGAAUCAUUUAGAAAACGGAGCAAGGAAUACAACUUAUAUAAGUAAUCGCAUUCAAAAUGACAUUUUAAAUAGUAUUGAGAACACUAUGCUCUUUUUAAUAAUAUCAAAUGUUCAAAAUAAACCAGUAUCUAUUAUUUCUGAUGACACCACGGAUAUGGGUCAUCAUGAACAAAUGUCAAUUGUUGUUCGUUACUUUGAUGAUGACACUUUUAACCCUAUUGAAAGAUUUGUUGGACUUCAAAGAUUGAAGCUUGUUGAUUCACAGUCAAUUUUUAAUGAGCUAUCAAUGGUACUAAAAAGUUUAAAAAUUCAGUGGAGAGAUGUUGUUUCAGUUUGUUUUGAUGGGGCUUCUACCAUGUCCGGUUGUAUUUCAGGGGUAAAAGCUAAGUGUAAAGAAGUAAAUUCAAGUAUAAUGUACGUACACUGUUAUGCACACUGUCUUAAUUUAAUUCUUGUUGAUGCUUGUACAUCUAGAAAAGAAAAUAGAAUUGUAUUUGAUUUUUUUGGAGUAGUACAGUUAACUUAUUCAUUUAUUGAAGGAAGUGCUAUACGCCAUGCAGUUUUGGAACGAAUAUCAGCUGAUAUCAAUGCAUCGUUAAAGUCAAUGAAAUCUUUAUCUACAACAAGAUGGGCCUGUCGCUCUGAGGCAGUGUCAGCUUUAAAACAUAAUUAUUCGGCUAUUUUAUUAGUACUUGAAGAAAUAGUAGAUAGAACAAAACAACCUGAUGUUAGAGCUAAAGGACGUGGUUUAUUGUUUCAACUCAAAACUUUUCAAUUUAUUUUAGGACUUGAAAUGAUGGAUCCAAUUCUACAAAUUAUAAAUAAAGUAAGCAAAUCAUUACAGUGUGAGAAUGUUAAUUUAUCGUCCGCAAUGUAUAAUAUUAACGCUCUUCGAUCAGUGCUUAUUGAAAAAAGAAAUGAAAAUACAUUUAAAACUAUGUUUGAUAUUUGUACUUCUAUAUGUGAAAAAAUUGAUAUUCCAUUACCAUUACCCACAAAACGAAAAGUUUCAACUCGUAUCGACAAUAUUAAUUCACAGUUCCAGGCACAAUCAUUAGAGGAAGAAUUAAGAGUCCAAUCAUUUUAUCCUAUGCUUGAUAUUAUGAUUAGUGGAAUUGAUGAAAGAUUCAAUCAAGACACUAUCAAUCUAAUAAAUGCAAUUGAUGGAUUAAUGAAAUUAAAAAUAUGUAUCACAGAUAUAAAUUUAUUAAGCAAUCAUUUUGAAUGCAAUAAAGAUGAAUUGGUAGCUGAAAUAAAUUUGUUACAAAAACAUGAAACAAUAACUAAACAAAUUGAAGGCAACUUGGGCGCUAAAAUGCUUCAUAUUUGGCUUCAAUGCUGCACAUGUGAACGAUCAUUUUCAAAAUUAACAUUAGUAAAAUCCAAGUUAAGAAGUACUAUGCUUCAAGAAAGACUAAAUGCAUUGAUGCUUAUAACGGUAGAACAAGAAAUGGCUAUUAACUUAAAUCCCGACGAUAUAAUUGAUCAUUUCAAAAAUUCUACACAACGCAGAAUGAUGUUAUAA